AUGGAUUCAACUGUGGCCACAGGGGCUGCUGCAAUAAUGGCAAUUAGGGUGCUGGUGGAACAUGAUGUUCCUGAAGAUCGCAUAAUCCUUGCUUCUCUUAUCAUGGCUCCACAAGGCGUCUACUCGGUGGCCUAUACAUAUCCACAGGCACAUAUCGUAACUACCGCUGUUGAUAAUGGCCUCACGGACGACUACCAUAUCGUACCAGGAGUGGGUAACUUUGGUGACCGCUAUUUUGGCACAACGAUCAGCUAA